AUUCGCCCAAGCUUCGGCGCCAGAUAUCCUUGGCGUCCUUUUUAAUGUCCAGACGCGUCCGAACUUAUUUCGCGCAUUUUGUUUACAAACUUUUCGGAUUACACACACGCCGUCAAAAUUUCCGUGAAAUUUUUUUAAAAAAUUUUUCGUAGUGGGUUGUAAAAUGUGGCCUUUAGUUCACGGAUGCGUGGUCCUUUUCUUCGCAGUCAGGAUCAAUUCAGUUCAUUCCGUGAAAUGUUAUAGUUGUUUGGCGGAAUAUAAUUACGAGGAUUGCGCUAAACCGAAAUUGGAUCAGAUAUCACUCGUCAAAUGCGACAUGACGGCGUUAAAACAAACCAGAGAUUACGCCAGACACAUCGAUCAAUCGUACCACAAACUCUUCGAAGUGGAUAGUAUAGAAAGCGAACCUGGUAGAAUAGGAAUGGCCUGUUUGAAGAUGAUGACCAAAGUCGGUAAUAAAGAUUACUUCUUGCGCGGUUGCCAAUUGGCUGAGCAAGGAAAUUUGGACAUAUGCAACAAGAUUCAAGAACACAACAGUGGCUUUGUUAAAACAGUUUACUGUUCUAAAUGUUCAUCGGAAGGUUGUAAUUCUUCAACUAGAUACGGAACGAAUUUAAUUUCAGUAUUGUAUAGUGUGUUUAUUACAACGCUAACAUACAAAAUAAUCGAUUUUCACAUAUAAUGGAUGAAAAAUAUGUAAUGUGGUUUGAUUUUCUCUUUAAUAAUGAAAAAAAAAGGGAUAGUAUUAGGUUGUUAUAGUUUAUAAGCGCAAUGUUGCCAGACGUAAAAAUAACGCGGGUAAAAACGUUAAUUUAAUUAUUGAUUUUCGAAAACGAAUCGGCGCAGUGCCCGUGGAAUUGAAAUAACUAAACUAGAAUAUUUUUUUAAAUAAAUGAAAAUACUUCGUUUCCUCGAAAAAAUAUUUAACAUCACCUUGUAUAAUCAGGUUUUUAUCGGUUAUAUAAAACGAUGUAAUAUUCGAUCGGGGUAAAAUACUACCUGGGGGUGGUUUAUAACUGCCGGAAACGUUCUCUUUUCUUGUACCGUGUAGGUCUUCACCACUUUCUGUAGGGAAGGGGAGGAGGGUGAGUUUUUAAAAAUCAAAAACAGUUUAUCUCGAUUUCUGGCAAAGCUACUAGUCCUAUGGAGAAAAGUCACAGGGCAAAGUUGUGGGUAAUAAAAAGGUCUACAACUUUUGUAUUCACACUUUUUUCAUAUAACCUCAAAAUUUUAAUGAAAAAUUGAAAUAACCAAGUUUUUGGCUUUUUAUUUUUAUCUUUUAUAAAAAACAUUUUUUUUUUACUAAAUUUGUUGAAAACUUAACUUGUUAUAUCCAAAAUACACUAUAAUUUAUUUAAAAUGUACAAUUUUUAACUUAAUUUUGAUUUAGUAUCGAAAAGCACCCUAAUUUUUAAUCGAAAAUCCUCCCGUCAAAAUAUCAGUUUUUUUUAAAAAUUCGGUUUUUUCUUCAUUAAAAUCCCUGAUGGUGUGAAGAAAUAUCACCAUGGUGAGUUUUCUCAGAAAAGGCAAAAAAACUCGCACCCGAAAUUUUUUUUAAGCAUCUGUGCAAUUUCUAGUUAUUUAUUAAAAUUUCAUUCUCAAAUUACAUGUUACAUUGAUAAACAUAAGUAAUUAGAAAUCGAGACAAACCAUUUUUUACCCUUAAAAACCCACCUCCGACCUCAGAUUCUCCAUAAAUAAAUUUUCGUUUCAUUUUCAUUCAUUUCCUAAUAGAUUUCAUCCCCCAAUUAUUUUUUUUUCGCUUUUUAUCAUUUCCAAAGGCUUCUUUCCUGGUCUAAAUUACAAAAACUUUUUUCUAAAAAUUACUAGGUCCGCGCUAAUGAACCAAAUGAACUUAUGAAUCCAGUUAUUUCGAUACAAUAUCAGAAUUAGUCGCUUCAUAAGUCCAUUUGGUUCAUUAGCGUGGAUCUAGUAACUUUUCGAUUUUUUUUUUGUAUUGUAUCAGCUAAUUAACUUAAUUAUGUUGUGUAUACCAAAUUUAUUCCUCAAUUACUUCACGUACGCUACGAAUACAGUAUACUAAUGUUUAUAAUAUUGUUGUAAAGAGAAAAUCUAAGCUACAAAUCAUUAAUUACGUGUUGCUUUAAAAUUUUGAAGGGAAUUUCUAGUUUUUUUUAUUUGUCCUUCAAAUUAUAUGAAAAACAAGAAUAAUUUAGGGAAAACGUGAUUUUUGUUCAAGUUCAUCAUCUAUUUCUUCAUUACGUCCACUAUCUGAUCAUCUCAAAAUUAUCUUUUUAUUAUUAUUAUUAUUUUUUGGUUAUAAGUCGUCGUCUUUUAUGGUGUCUGAGACUAAGUUCCGACCAAAGCUUUGCUUGGCCUACAAUAUUCUUUCUCAUUAUUUCUAUGAUUAGAUCGUUCAACGUUUUGUACAAACAUGAAAAAUUAUUGAAAUGUUCAAAGUUGAAGUCACAUAAUUUAUUAAUUGUGAAGUUUCUGGUGAUUAUUGCCAACUUAACGGCAUGAAUAUUCAGCACGAGCGAUCUGAGGUGAACUAUCCAUCGAAAUCGCGCGAUUCGACCCCGUUGUUCUUAUGGGGUUUUCUUAAAUUGUAGGUCGCAAAUUCCAUCGAGCUUUGAAUCUAACAACUAUCAGUUACAUCCAAAUAUUCAUAGAAAAUUAGACAUGUAAGUAAUUCGAAUAAUUGAAAAUAGAAAAUGCUUCAUGGUAGUAAUAACAAAAUAAAAAUUUCGUAAUAUUGGAUCCACCAGAACCUACCAGAGGCUUAAUACCAGUUUAAACAGAGAAAUUUAUUUAAUGGACACACUGUAUACGAUUUUUCGUAUAUUAGUUUGAAAAAAUAACAGAAUUCAAAUUAAAAAAAAAUAGAAAUUCGCUGUCGAAAAUCUUCGAGUUGUAUUAUGCCUUAGAAAAUAAAUAGGAAGGCCUUAAAUGUACCAUAUUUAUACUGUGAAAUUAGAUUAGUAUUGAAAUUAUAAAAAAAGUGUCCAAUUAUGUCGUAUUUUAGUGAAUGUUAUUGUUUAUAAAUAUUUAUUAUAAGCGAUAAAAAAAAGACCAAUUAUUAAAACAAAAAUCACA